AUGAUGAUCUCAACGCACGGAUACGUAUCUGCCCAGCCGGAAUUUGGAAAACCGGACACCGGCGGACAAGUUGUUUACGUUCUCGAAUUGGCGAAGUGCUUCGCCCGGCUUGGCUUUCAGGUCGAUGUCUACACUCGGCGGUUUGAAGAUCAGCCGGCCAGCGACACUAUUAAUGAUCGUGUCAGGGUACUUCGCAUCCCGUGUGGUGGGUCUGAGUUCAUCCCGAAAGAGACUCUUUGCGACCACAUUCCCGAAUGGGUCGAGAAUACGCUCGCCUACAUCAAGCAAAAUAAUCUUGAAUACUCGUUCAUCAACAGUCAUUACUGGGACGCCGGGCUCGCCGGACAGGCCUUGUCCAAUGGUUUAGAUAUCCCCCACAUCCAUACCCCGCAUUCGAUUGGCGCGUGGAAACGGGACAACAUGGACGGCGACCCCGAAGAGUUGGAGCAAAAAUACAACUUCAGCCGUCGGGUUCGCGAAGAGAAAGUGAUCUACGACGAAAGCGAUGUGAUCAUCGCCACCACGCCGCAGCAACGCGAUAUUCUAAAAAACAGCGACUACGAUUUGCCGCUGGAAAAGAUUCGCGUCAUUCCCCCAGGAUAUGACGAUACGAGGUUUUUCCCUGUUUCGCUCUCGUCUCGCGAGGCGAUCAAGCGAGACCUGGAUGCUGAAGGACCCAUCGUGCUGGCCCUGGGCCGCAUGGCACAUAACAAGGGAUACGACCUUCUGAUCCGGGCUAUGCCCUUCGUGUUGGAGCGAGUCCCCGAGGCCCGACUACUACUGGCGAUUGGUUCGACCGAGCCUUCAGAUCGCGAAUUGGAGCAGAUCAACGAACUGCAUCAGCUUGUGGCGAACUUGGGCAUCGAAAAGUCGGUGGUCUUCCGCGAUUACAUACCUGACGCGGAGCUGCCGGACUACUAUCGCGUGGCCGACGUGUUCGCCUUGAGCAGCCGUUACGAACCGUUCGGGAUGACGGCGGUCGAAGCCAUGGCUUGCGGUACGCCCACGGUCAUCACCACCGAGGGUGGACUGUGGGAGCAAGUGACUUGGGGGCUGGAAGCUAUUUACGCCAACCCCUUCGAUCCCAACUCGUUUGGAGGUGCCAUUGCGAAUGUGCUGCAGUACCCUCGCGUGGGAGCACAAAUGGCUCGCCACGGUUCGCAAAAGGCCCGCGCCCGCUUUACCUGGACGGGGAUCGCCCAGCAGAUGAUUCGCGAGCUGGAAGCGGCCGGUCCGCGGGUGCCUUUGGACUUGCAGCACGAACCUCAGACUGGUCCACGAGGAAUUGUGGAAAACCGCUAUCUCCUGAUCAGCGACGUCGACGGCACGCUGCUUGGAGAUGACGAGGCACUGGAGCGAUUCACCCAGUGGUACGAGACACAAAGCGAUAAGCUGCAGCUCGUCUACAACUCGGGGCGGUUCGUGCAUUCCAUUUUAGAAUCAGUUGAAUCGACGGCUUUGCCCGAGCCGGUGGCCGUUAUUGGUGGCGUGGGUACGCAGAUUCGCUGUUUCUCCCUCCAAGAUCCUAUUGGCGAUUGGCCUGAUGGCAAUGGGCAAUGGGAUGCCAGGCUCAUUCGCUCAGUGUUGGGUGAGUACCCUGGAUUGGAGCUGCAACCGGAAGAGUUUCUGUCGGAAUAUAAAAUCAGCUACUACGCCAGGAACGCAUCUGCCGAGUUGCUCGCAGACAUUCGCCAGAAGCUCGAGGCCUCCGGAUGUCGUGUGGAAGUGGUGUACAGCUCGAACCGCGAUCUCGACGUUCUGCCCCAAGGUGUUAACAAAGGCACCGCGGCUGCGUACCUGGCUGCCCAUUGGUCAUACAGCAAGGACCAGGUUUUCGUCAGUGGCGACACGGGCAACGACAUUGCCCUGUUUCAGCAUGGGUUUCGCGGGAUCGUCGUCGGAAACGCCCAAGCGGAACUCAAGGAGCUGAAAACCUCCAGCAUCUUUCAUGCGAAGGGAGUGUUCGCCGCCGGCGUGCAAGAGGGGCUCACUCACUGGAUGUCUGCUCACGAGGGUGCUGCACAAGCGAAGCACGCUUUGGAUUGA